AUGCCGAAAGUUACCGUGAAAAAAAUUCACGCAGUUGCCAAGUGGAAAUGGAUUGGGUCAUCUGUAGACAGUGUGUGUGCAAUUUGCAAUAAUGCCUUGGAAAAUACUUGUACGAACUGCAUAAGGCCAGGAAAUAGCUGCCCCCCUGCGUUCGGAAAGUGCGGUCAUCAUUUCCACCUCCACUGCAUGGAAAAGUGGAUGCGGCAAAAUAAAUUUACAUGUCCAUGUUGUAGGGCAGACUGGUAUUACGAAACGCAAGAAUUAAAUUGA